AUGCUACAACUGUACCGUAACGCAGUCUCCCGUAUUGCUGCUGCUCGAACUUUCAGGACCUUUGGCCCAGCACUCUUCAAGACAGGCGACAAGAUCCCCACAGGACUGGGAGGUCUGAGGGAAAACUCGCCCGGUAACUCAGUAGACCUGGGCCUGGAAGUCGCCUCCGGGAAGUAUGUCAUAGUGGGGCUGCCAGCUGCCUUCUCUCCAGCCUGCUCAGCGACCCACGUCCCGGGCUACAUCAAACACCUGCCCCAAUUGAAGGAGAAGGGCAUCAAGCAGGUCUUCGUCACCACAGUCAACGACCCAUUCGUGACCGCAGCCUGGGGCAAGAGUCUCGGUGUCCCCAGCGAUAUCCGGAUCAUUGCUGACACGGAAGGCACCUUCGCCAAGGCCGGAGGCCAUCUGUUCGACUCCAAGAAAGUGUUUGGCAACGACCGUUCAGUUCGUUUCGCUGCCAUAGUCAAGGACGGCAAGGUUGUUACAGAGCUGGUAGAGCCUGAUAAGACUGGCGUCGACGUCUCCUCUGCUGAGAACAUCCUGAAACACCUGUGA